AAUAAUUCUUCAACCCUUCCACCAAGUUGAAAUCCGUACUCAUUUGCCUACAUCAAAGCCACUAGAAAACUCCCCGACAAAAGCACGACUGUAUUUCCAUCCCGCCGUCCGACUCAUUUCCCGGCGGCGCCUCCAAUGGAUUCCUCCCCUCCUCUCCGCCCUCCUCCCAUCUGGGUCGCCGAUUCCUUAUUCGGGUUUUCCGAUACAUCUUCCUCCGGCAUCAGCACGCCCUUCGGGUCUCUCGACUCGACCCGAACCGAAACAGAGAGCGACGACGAAGAAGAUUACGGCGACGGCGUUGAAGACUUCCUCGCCGAGUUGACUCGCCAGGUCGCCGGUUUCACGCUUGAGGACGACGACGAAGAGGAAGAAGACCCGAGUAUUGUUCUUCAGGACCACCCCACCGAGCCCAGAGAGGCCCUCAAACCUUCGGCGAGAAAGAAACAGAGCAGCCCCGCUCCGGGAAGAAGGCGAGUCGAGAAAGGCGAUUCGACUCAGAAGCGAUUUGAGCACGGGGCGGAGCAGAAGAAGGGAAAAAGAAGAGGAAGCAGCGGCGGCGGAAGGUCCCAGGCGUUGAAAUCCGGGUCGGGUAUGCAGGCGGUUUUCCUUGGCGGGUCGGGUUAUGCAACCGGCGGUGCCUCCAGUAGUAGUGGAACCGGCGUUUUCCUCCCCCGCGGAACCAGCAACCACCGCGGCCCAACGGAAUCUAAGAGGAAAUCAGGUUGUUCAACAGUUCUAAUCCCAACCAGAGUGUUGCAAGUCCUACAGCUCCACCACAGCAACAACAAGUCCCAAUCAAAUUCCCGUGCUGCCCCUCACCUCCUCCCCUCCAAUGAGCAUUAUUCUCCUUCGAAAAGAGAGCAAGUUUCGGAUAUCCAAACGCGCCCGGAAUUGGACGAGCAGGAGAUGCCGCAGCUGCCACAAGAAUGGACUUAUUAAUGUCGCCCGGGUUUAAGGUUAAA